ACUUUGUGGCGAAGGAGAAAAAUGGUGAAGUGUACACUUACAAAUUUUUGGAAGAGAACUCGAAACAGAACUUGAAAGAAUUUGCAAAAUUCUAUUUGACAUCUUCAGAAACAUAUGGAUGGCAAUUCAGUGAAUACCGUUUUCCUUUCGAUGAUAUUAUCGCGUUUGCGGCAAUAAUUCAAGCGGAAGAAGGUUGGCGAUUCUUAGGAAAAAAGAAAUUAGAUCUUA